UUGAAAAUAGUAAUUAAAAUUCUUUAAUUACUUAUAUUAUUUCGUUUAUUAAACUAGUGUCUAAUAAAAACAGUUCAGUUUAUAGAACAACGUUAUUAUUUUAAAAAUGAAGGUGCUAACAUUGACUUUUGUGCUGUUCGUACCUUACGUAAUUUCUCAGAAUAUCGCUCAGUUUACUCCACUCAUAGCUGCCCAUCAAGCAUGUGCAUCAAGGACCGGGAUACAACCCGACUUAGUCAGUGGAAUGUUACAAGGGAGAUUUCCGAAUAAUCCGGCUUUAGCAGACCAUUUGUUUUGUAUACAUAAACGACUUGGGAUCCAAGACUCUGAUGGAUCAAUAAAUACAAACCGAAUUGGACAACUGGCAGGAAUAAUCGCUCCAAAUGCAUCACCAGAAAGGAUCCAAGAGGUCAUCAAUGUUUGCGCAGUUCAAAAAGGUAGCCCAGGAGCUACAGCCCUUGAUAUGGAUCGUUGUUUAUACAACCAAGCAGGUGGAGCUUUAGGAUAACUGUAACCUGAAAAACUGUGGUGUUUGCUUUUAUAUUGUUUCUGUUACAUUUUUUUGAAAAAUAAUAAAUUUAAAGUAAAAAUAGUUA